GAGAGAGAGAGAGAGAGAGAGAGAGAGGGAGGGGGAAAGAGAGGGAGGGAGCGAGAGAGCGAGAGAGAGGGAGAAAAGGCGCUCCGGGGCGGUGGCGGCGUCCGUCUUCCAGUUACCGGCGACCUCAAUGAUCACAGUCUGGACUGGAGCCUGACAGCCGGACCUGACGGAACAGGACUGCAAUCCAUUUCUAUGACAACAGAGAAGGCUUUGGCGGGGGAGAUGAAGACCGCGAUGGAGGGUGACGCCAGGAGAACCAAUCAGGUUCCAGAGGACCACGGGGAUAUGGAUGAUAGCUCAGAAAAGACCCCCAGCAAAGCCUCCAAAUCCCCACAGAAAAGCACCAAGCGGCCCAAAACCGUCCCCGUUAAAGUCACCCUCCUCGACGGAUCAGACUAUGAGACUGGAGUUGAGAAAUUUGCCAAGGGCCAGACCCUGCUGGACAUGGUGUGUGGCCAUCUGAACCUGCUGGAAAGGGACUACUUUGGCCUGACUUUCCAGGACACAGACAACUCCAAGAAUUGGUUGGAUCCUUCCAAAGAGAUUAAGAAGCAAAUUCGGGUCGGUUCUUGGAUUUUGGGAUUUUCUGUCAAGUUUUACCCUCCAGACCCAUCUGUACUCAUUGAAGACAUCACCAGGUAUUACUUGUGCCUGCAGCUGAGAGACGACAUCCUCUCGGGCCGUCUCCCAUGCUCCUUUGUCACCCACGCCCUCCUGGGCUCCUACACCGUCCAGGCUGAACUGGGAGACUACGACCCCGAGGAACACGGCCCGGACUACGUCAGCGAGUUCCACUUCGCCCCCAACCAGACCCGCGAGCUGGAGGAGAGGGUGAUGGAGCUGCACCGCAACUACAGAGGGAUGAGUCCAGCGGAGGCAGAGGUGAACUUUUUAGAAAAUGCCAAGAAGCUGUCGAUGUACGGAGUGGACCUGCAUCACGCUAAAGAUUCAGAGGGAAUUGAUAUAAUGCUGGGUGUGUCUGCCAACGGUCUGCUCAUCUACCGAGACCGCCUCAGAAUCAACCGCUUCGCCUGGCCGAAAAUCCUGAAGAUCUCCUACAAAAGAAGCAACUUCUACAUCAAGAUCCGCCCCGGAGAGUAUGAACAGUUUGAGAGCACCAUAGGCUUCAAGCUGCCCAACCAUCGGGCCUCGAAGCGAUUGUGGAAGGUCUGCAUUGAGCACCACACCUUCUUCAGGUUGGUUUCCCCUGAGCCUCCUCCCAAGGGCUUCCUAGUGAUCGGCUCCAAGUUCCGUUACAGCGGACGGACUCAGGCCCAGACCCGCCAGGCCAGCGCGCUGAUCGACAGGCCCGCCCCUCAGUUCGAGCGCUCCGUCAGCAAGCGGUACAUGAUGCCCCGCAGCAUCGACGGAGCCUCGGCUCUGGGUGACAGCAUGGACCAGCUGUCCCAGCGGAGCUCCAGCGAUCGGACGCAGUUCAUGUCCCGAGAGGACCUGGACCAAGAGGGGAGUCUCGACCUGGACCACGAUCAGUAUCACUAUCAGGACCAGGACCAGUACACGGAUCAGGAGCUGGAGCCGGAUGACGGUCAAGAUCAGAAGCAGAUAUUUGAUGCCAACACCUCAACACCGACCAAAACCUUAGAGCUCAAGGGUGAGGAGGCAGGCUCGCCUUUAUAUGACUCAAAGCCAGAGGAUGUGGUCACCCUGCGGCCCAAACAGGAGCAGUUCUUGGACAAGCCGGACGAUGUGAUCCAGAAGCACCAGGCCAGCAUCAAUGAGCUGAAGAGGGCUUUGAGGCAACCCAACAGCAAGAUGGCCCAGAGAGAGAAACGCAUCUCUUCAGCCACUCCUCCAGGAGGAACCCCUGAGCGCAAAGCGGCGACCACUGAUGGCAAAUUGAUUGACAAGCAGGAUGCUUAUGAAGGAACAACGGACACUUUCUCUAAAGGGGAAAGGAGUGAGGACUUGUUUUCUUGGAAUGAAGCGAACACGAACAAUUGCCAAACACGGUGGGACUCUUCGAGAACUAGAUUUGCAAUAUCCCCGAGGCAGGAGACAGACCUAAGAUCACCAGGGCUGAAGGAUGUAAACCGUCUGGAUGGUGAAGUCACGACGAACGGACAUCAUGAUUCUAUGUUGGAGAGAAACGUUCAUGAAAACGGAUACUGCUCUCCACCCGACAAGCAGAGGGGUGAAAUGAGCAAAGACUUUAAUCACUCUCGGUAUGAGUAUCGAGAAGGACCUAAGAGCUUUGAGACACCCGUGGCUGGGGACUGGGCCAGAAGUGAAGGCGGCACGAGGCAUUGCGAAGCUUGGAAAAUAAAAGACCCGAGUCCCAGGGGGGAGAAAGACUUCAGCAAAACUGGAAACUCACACUCAGAAGUCCCCAAAAUAGUUCCUCUCAAGCCUCAGAGAUCAAAGAAGGCUUUGAAUAAGGAGAACAAAGAUGUUGUAAACCCUCAAAUUCAAAGCCAGACGAACAGCGGCCUCUUCGGCGAGGCCGGGGACGUUCAGAUGACAAAAUCAAAAGAGCGAUCCUGUCAAGCAGGGCGGAGAUCGGAUGAUAAUCCUGCACUGCAAUCCGCCGCAGAUGUUGUCAAGGAAAAUACAGCAGCUGCUCAGUAUUACGGUGAAACUACAGCGUUGCAUCAGCAGCAAAGUCGAGCGCAGCAACAGAUCAGGAACGAGGCGUUCGGACAACAGGAGCUCAGAGACUACCAUGAUUCAACGGGGCAUGGCCAGUGGGUGAAAGGAGCACCGCCGCACGAAGACCCAUUCCAGAACGUCUCGGAGUUCAGCUGCAGACUCCCCAACGCGCCCCCCCGCACCCUCCCUCUGAAAACACAGUGGUCCCGAGACAGACAGAGCAACGUGGACAGCAGCCACGCCCCCUACAGGACGGCCAGUCAGGAAGCAGCGAAGAGGAAGCAAGCGGAGACACCUCCCACUCCCGCUAUUCACGAGGAGCCUCUCAGCGACGCCUCAAGGGAACCGUGGGAGAGACGUCUGGGCUCCGUGUCAGAGGAUGACCAGGACCACGAGAUCCUGUAUUUGAAGGAAACCCACCUGGGCAUCGAACGCAAGUGCUCCAGCAUCACGGUCAGUUCUACGUCCAGCCUGGAGGCUGAAGUAGAUUUCACCGUGCUCACAGACCUGCACACGGGCAUGGAGGAGUUCUCCAGGGGGAUGUCAGAGUUGGGAGAGCGAGAUCUCUCGCCUGAUGGCGGUCUGUGUCUUGGCAUCGACUUCGUCCAGCAGCAGGCGCCGUCCGAGCCGCCUCCUCCGCUGGUGGCAGCUCCUCUGUCUAGAGGGGCCAGCAGCAGCCCUCCAACCAAACACGUCCAGGCCGAGGAGGUCCGACCGGAAGUCAAACGGCCGGACGUACAGCCCGUAGUUCCCAAAAAACCAAAGAGAUCAGUUCCGGUGUCGUCGUCAAUAGACAGGGAGCAGUCACACAGACCCGCCGUCACCCCUCUGAGCCGGGAGGCCAGCGACGUCACGCCCACGCCGAUGGCGAGGAAGACUGACGUCAGGACAGAGACCCAGCCCAACGGCUCGGAGGUCACCACCACCAUCGUCGAGUUCACAGACCAGGAUCACGGCAUCGGAAGCCUGGCGGAAGUCUCCUACUCCACCAGACAGAGUGUUUCCCCUGUGCACAAGGGCAGCGGUCUGGGACGAGAGUCAGCGGGGUCGCCCAUCCUCAUGACUGAAAAUGUUACCUCAGCAACCACUCACGUCACGAAGACGGUGAAAGGAGGAUAUUCAGAGACGAGGAUCGAGAAGAGGAUCAUAAUCACUGGAGACGACGACGUCGACCAGGAACAGGCUCUGGCUAUCGCCAUCCAGGAGGCCAAGCAGCAGCAUCCGGACAUGCAGGUGACAAAGGCAGUCGUUGUCAGGGAAACAGAAUCGUCCACUGAGGAUCGACACGGCGCAUCAGAGUCCUGAUUUCCUGAGGUGAGGCUGCCCCCCGAUGGACCAGAGGCGUCAGUACCCGACUUGAAAUUCCAGCCCAACUGAUCAGACUACUACUGCCUGUGGCACUUUGAUGAAGCCUGCUGUACAAGUUCACAACACUCACAAACACACACACACCACUAAGACAGCCAAAACAGGACUACUUUCAAAUGAAUCUUUUUUAUUUUUGUUCCAACAUUUCAUGAUUGAAGUGGAGUGGUGUUACAUUCAUACGUGCAAAAAAAGAAAAGACAAAAGAAAGGUGAACUUCAUUCUUGGUCUCUCAUUGGCCCGAUUCACAACGAUCCCAAACACAUGGAACCAGGCGCGACUCAAUUAAAAUCCCGGCAAAAGCUCUCAGGGCCUCUAAUACGGAGUCUUUUUUCAAAGGUUAAAUUUUAAUGUCGACAGGGUUUAUUUUAAUAAUUCACUGUGGAAUAAUCCAAGGUCAUGUGCCAUGUGGGCGCCCAUCCCCUGCAGACAGCAUCAGCUGGGAUAUCAAUUGGGAAUAUGAGAGUGCUUUACCUUGCUGUUCUGAAUAACUGCUGUGUGUGCUGAAAAAAAA